AUGGCUGGCUGGACACUUGAAGGAGAUGGUGACGACACUGGCAACUGGGGUGGUGGCAAUGACGGCGGUUUCGGUAAUGAUGAGAACACUAGGCCCGGUGGCUUCAGUACUGAGUCCAGAUUCGGUGGUGAUGACUUUGCUCCUCUAGCUGAAGGCCAUGGCGAUGAUAAUCGGUGCCGGAACUGUGGAAGCGAUGGUCACUUUGCUCGCAACUGUCCCGAACCGCGCAAGGAUAUGGCCUGCUUUAAUUGCGGCGAGGAUGGACACAACAAGUCUGAGUGCACUAAGCCUCGUGUUUUCAAGGGUGCUUGCCGGAUCUGCAAUAAGGAAGGACAUCCAGCUGCCGAAUGCCCUGAAAAGGGUCCCGACGUGUGCAAGAAUUGCAAGAUGGAAGGUCACAAGACUAUGGACUGCAAGGAAAACCGUCGCUUCGACUUGAAUCAUAUUCCCGACAAGCUUCCUGAGGAGGCUUGGGCUAUCCUGAAGAAAGCUAGUGACGAAAGAGAUCUCGAGGAUUUCCGUGAGGGACUUAAGGUGUACUCCAAGUCUCUUCCGCAGGCCACUUUCGUCGACAUCGAAAUCAAGUUGCGUGAAGAGGACCUCAAAUUCUACCUUAUCGCGCUGGAUAAGGAGGUGAAUGAUUGUAUCAGCCUUAUUGAUCUUCAGGGGAAGCUGAACUGCACAUACGUGGUCGGCUUUUUCUUUAGUCCUAAGCCGCAGCGCGCCAAUCUCAGAGAACGCUGGCCGUCUUCCGUCGAGGACAAUCUUGAACGUCUUGCUGACGCCGGUCUGCCUUACGAUCGGCAGGUGCCCAAGUGCAGCAACUGUGGUGUUUUGGGUCACACUGCUCGUGGCUGUAAGGAGGAACGAGAGGAACGUGAACGUGUCGGCGUCAAAUGCGUCAACUGCAGUGCUGACGGACAUCGUGCUCGCGACUGCCCUGAGCCACGUCGCAAUGUUUUUGCUUGUCGUAACUGCGGCGCGGAGGACCACAAGGCAUCAGAAUGCCCCAACCCUCGCUCUGCAGAGAACGUUGAGUGCAAGCGAUGCAACGAGAUGGGACAUUUCGCGAAAGACUGUCCUCAGGCUCCCCCUCCCAGAACCUGCCGCAAUUGCGGAUCCGAGGAUCACAUCGCGAAAGAUUGCGACAAGCCGCGUGAUGUCUCUACUGUUACCUGCCGUAACUGUGAUGAAGUCGGACACUUCAGCCGUGACUGCCCCAAGAAGCGAGACUAUUCCCGGGUCAAGUGCAACAACUGUGGUGAAAUGGGCCAUACUAUCAAGCGUUGCCCUACCGCCAAUGCCGCUGAGGACGCCCCUCAGAAUGACAGCCUCAGCUUCAACGCACCCGUCAACGACGAGUGGAAUGACAAUGGAAGAACUCAACAGGAAAGCGCCCUGGCCGAUGAAGGUGAAUAUAAUGCUGGUUCUGCCACUGGUUGGUAG